AUGAGUACACAAAUUAAGCACUCAUGUGAGACUGAUAUUGAAGCAAAAUUCAACACGUUUUAUGAACCUGUUCUCGAACUCCGCGAAAUUCUGAUCAAGCUCAGAGACCAAGGAUAUCCACCGCUUUAUGCACGAAAAAUUACCUUAGACAGAGUAAAGAGCAUGAAAAAAACUCUUAGAAUGAUCAAUGCGAAGAAUAAAAAGCCCGAACAAGAUAAAAGGAAUUAUAUUCAGAACAGCUUAAUAUGGAAGAUCGGCAGAGACAUCGAAAUGAAAGGCAAGAUAAAAUCAUUAGAUAACUUCGACGUUUGUUUCUCACAAAACCAGAGAUCUAAUACUUUUAAUUCAUUCUUGAAAACAGGAUUUCAAUACGUUACAGAUCAUGUUUCCAUAAAGGAACAACAGAUCAAAAAAGAGAUAAAAUACAUCAAAGUCAAUCAUCCAUACGAAGUUUUUUCCGGAUAUCAAAAUUUGCCACAAUCUCGCAAUUACUGUCGUAUCUUCUGUCGUUCAGGCGAUAGAUUCAAAGACAAAAUGCAACUCGUUAACAAACUCAUUGGCCGCCAACCCGUCAUUUUUGUUCAUCCAGAAACAUUAGCUCCUGAUGAAAUCCAAUCCAUCAAAAAACUUACUUCAAAUUGGUCAUCUGAAACACAGCAAGCCAUAUGCAUUGUUUCAUCAAUAGCCCAAGAAAAUUUGUUUAAAGAAGGAGGGCUAAAAGAAAUUAAAUUUGAACAAAAAGACAUUGACUUUGAUCAAAUCAAACAAAAGAUAUUAACAAAUGACAUCAAAGAUUGUGUGAGAAUGUAUAUAGAAGAUCCAGAAAAAUCAUAUCAGCUCAAGAUCCUUGAAUAUCUUCGAAGCAACAAAAAGAUAUUAAUGACAUUUUCACCAGAACUAUUCAAAGGAAACGCAUGUCCAGAAUUUUUUGAUGAUUUAUAUUUGAUUUCUAUGCGCAAGUUAACAGGUAACUCAGGAUACAAUGAGACUGGAGAAUUCAUUGAUAUUAACAAUGUUUUUGAAAAGAUCAUUUUCGAGUUCCCUCCAAAUAUUUCUAAUACAAAGUAUUUGAGCUUUAUUUUUGAUUUAAACAAUUUAAGAAAUAAUUGGGAUUCUGAUUUGAGGACAGACAAUGCAUUCAAGAUUUACGAACCACAUUAUGAAAACGAAAUAACAAAUGAUAUAA